CCUCUGUUUGGUUUUGCAAAAAAAAGGUCUGUCAUACUUGCCUGUUUGCAGCUGGAGUUCUGUUUGUACAGUUAGGGAAGUAAAUCAGUAUUCCUGAUAUGCGUUUCCUUCUGUGCAGCUCUGUGGGUGCCUAGCAGUCUGUCCGUUCACAGCACGUGGAAGUGAUGAGCAUGAGAUGCAGUUACUGCUGAAUUAACAUUUUCUGUCUUUGAUGCCUUUGCCUUAGAGAGAACUGUCAGAGUUUUUACGUUGACUGUAUUGCUGCAAUCUUUUUUUAUUCACAUGGGCAUUCUGCAGAUUUUGGCGAAACACUGAACAUGAUAGGCCCUAUUUUUCGUUUAAAAGCUCCAUUCCUCUUACUGUGAACAAGGGGGAUUUUGGAGGAGAAGGAAAAUGUGUAUAUACAAGGAGGUGUGUAGAGGGCCAGCACUUUUACACAGCUGAAUGUUCCUUCUCCUGUAGUACAAAACACCUCUACAUACAUGACAAGGCUGCAUAAGUAAAGAGAUGAUGGGAGUGUUCCUUCUUGGUGACAGUGAACUCCCAUUAUCUCUGCCUUCUUUUGUGUCUCCUAGCUGGUCCAUAAAAGGCCUCAGACGAUUUGCUCCAAUUAUCUGUAUGUUACAAUUCUCAAAUUAUCAUAGCAAUCUCAGUACAGUGGCAGAGAUUAAUUAGCUUAAUCAGCUUAAUUAGUAAGUUUGGACAGAUCUGAAAUAAGAGCAGCUGUUUUAUUUCUUUUUAAUUUUGUUUGCUCAAAAGUCAGUAAGUGUACAUUCAGUUCUUUUAGAUGACCUAGUAUUUCCCAGGCUCGUUUCCCCAGUUCUGUCUACUCCAGGAUGAAUUCUCUAGAAUUAGGCUGCUGCAUUUAUGAAGAGUGAAAUUUUGGCAAAAUGUAACUUGUGCUCGCUCCAAGUUUAUGCUGUGUUAGGGCUCCAUGUGCUUUUACAAAACAGUCUCUCGCUCAGUGGGAUUGUGCAAUAUUUUGUUACGAGAACGCAGGCGCUUGCCAUGGUUCCUUAUGGAACACAGAAGCCUUUGAUAAUGAUUCUUUGAUUAGUUGAAAGCAAAGAUCAGUAAUAGCUAUCAGUCUAAUAGCUCAACAGUUGGACCUCAUGCAGUCAUGUGGGGUGAUUCGUUUUGUCAAAUGAAACAUAUAAUUACAGGUUGUUGCAGGGCAAGGCAUGAAAGGCUUGCAGGAUGUCAGUGGGAAAGCGUACUGGCAUGUGGGAAACUUCAAGGAUCUUUUGUCCUUCUCUCUUAGAGAUGGGUACUACGAUGCACGGGUAAGGGUGCUGAUCUGCCACAUCAGCUGGCUGCUGAGAAUCCCCUUGGAGGAGCUGGAAGCCCUGGAGGAAUCUCUGCUUGAGAGUCUGAAGGAACAAACAGAGGAAGAGUCAGAAACUGCAGACGUCUCAAGAAAAAAGAAGGAAAGAAGAAGGAAGCUGAAGAGAUACCUGCUGAUCGGCUUGGCAACCGUUGGGGGUGGAACAGUGAUCGGCUUGACAGGAGGUCUUGCUGCCCCUCUGGUUGCUGCUGGAGCUGCUACUAUCAUUGGAAGUGCAGGAGCAGCUGCUCUAGGUUCAACUGCAGGAAUUGCUGUCAUGGCAUCCCUUUUUGGAGCUGCUGGAGCUGGCCUUACUGGAUACAAGAUGAAGAAGCGUGUGGGAGCCAUAGAAGAGUUUGAAUUCCUCCCACUUACUGAAGGAAAGCAGCUUCACAUCACCAUAGCAAUUACUGGAUGGCUGUGCGCUGGCAAAUAUGGGAGCUUCACAGCACCAUGGAGCAGCAUGCUGCAAUCAAGUGAGCAGUACUGUCUGGCCUGGGAAUCCAAGUACUUGAUGGAGCUUGGCAGUGCCUUGGAUACCCUGGUGAAUGGUUUUGUUAACAUGAUGGCUCAGGAAGCCCUAAAAUUCACUGUUCUGUCAGGUAUUGUUACGGCCUUGACUUGGCCAACUUCACUCUUGACUGUUGCCAAUGUCAUUGACAACCCCUGGGGAGUGUGUCUCCAUCGGUCUGCUGAAGUAGGCAAGCACCUGGCACAUAUACUGCUCAGUCGACAGCAGGGCAAGCGACCUGUCACGCUGAUUGGCUUCAGUCUGGGUGCCAGAGUCAUCUACUUCUGCCUGCAGGAGAUGGCUCAAGAAAAGGACUCCCAAGGGAUCAUUGAAGAUGUGGUCUUACUGGGAGCUCCAGUGGAAGGCGAAGCCAAGUACUGGAAGGCGAUCACAAAAGUGGUGUCGGGCAGGAUCAUAAAUGGUUAUUGCAGAGGGGACUGGCUGCUGGGAUUUGUAUACAGAACCUCUUCCGUCCAGCUCAACGUUGCAGGCCUCCAGCCAGUCCAGUUGGACGACAGGAGGAUGGUAAACAUGGACCUUUCAUCUGUAGUCAGCGGCCACCUGGACUACAUGAAGCAAAUGGACACGAUCCUAAAAGCUGUGGGCAUUAAAACCAAGGAGGAGAAGGGCAGCACCGGUCUUUUUUCCCCUCUAGCCAAGAAAUCACAGCAGGCAGCAGGCAGUGAGACUCAGGAAGAGGAAGAUGCUGUGCAGGAGGAGGAUGAUGGUGACUGCCAAGCACCUACAGCCAGCACUGGCACGAGCUCUGCACUAACACGGCCUGUGAGUGCUGGCAUGAGCAGUGAUGGUAACCUGCACCCAGGAGAGGACUCCCUGGCCAGCUAUGCUCACCGACAGGAUUCUCCUGGAUCUCUCUUGGCAGAGAGCUCACCUCCAUGCCCAGCCCGCCCCAGCAGUGCCAGCAGCGUGAAGCAGGCAGGGGGUGAAAGCACAGACUGAACCAAAUCUCUGAACCUUCCCUCCUCGCAGCCCAGCUGCUGCAUGCAUUGUGCCCAGCAUCAGCUGCACGGAGCCAUCCUCAUCCCCCUGCCCUGCACAGCCUGCAGAGCUUCCUGUGGGGGGUGUGAAUUUCUGCCUCGCAGCUCCUGGGGCUGCUGUGUGGCUGGGUGGGAGGCAGCAGAACCGGCAGCGAGCCCACACUUUGCCUGGCCUGCAUGGAGGCCAAUUGCAGCUCUCUGUGACGGGCAGGGAUGCUCAGCCAGCACUGACACCUCUCUCAAAGCACAAAGGAGUAUCAGUAGAGCCCGCAGAGCUGAGCUGCAGCUUUCAGACCCUGCUGAGGGCCCAGCCCUUGGCAUCACAGUGUCACUGGAUCUCAGCUGUCAGAGCAGUCUCCCACAGCAUCUCCCACUGACAAGAAAAGGCCGAUUCCGGCCCAAAUCAGCAUCGUUCCUCAGGAAGCAGUGGCAAUUCCCUCAUGGCACGAGCUCUUUUAUUCUUGAGGGAAGCAGCUGCCACCGUUAGAGACAGUCUUUCUGGUAUUUAGCUCUUGGGAAAGCAGGUGGCUCUGUGGGUAUCUUUAAGCGUGUUGUGGAGGGGGCUCAUUACUAGGUCAUUAAAAACGUUUUUCCACUUCAGCUCUGCUACGUGGGGAGGCAAAAGGCUGAGCACCCCGGCUGCCCUCCCCCAUCUGCUGCAGGGUGGCUGCCCUGGCUUGGGCACUUUCCAACCAACAGGGUUGUUUCCCUCCCUGCAAACCGAGGGUGAUGUGUGUCCGAGGCCUCGUUACUAUUAGGAACGUGCUUUGAGUCCCACAGGUGGAAGACAGCAGAAAACAGAGUGGGCUUUUUACUCAUUGCUUGCUUCCUUCCUUGCAAGCCAGCAACCCACAGGGACUUUCUUCCUGUGUCCCACACACAUCUCCAGCCUUAAAAGCUCCCUCUAGAUAUAUUUUUAAUGGGUUUUAAAUAAAGCUAAUACUUGGCAUAGAAUAAACAUAAA